UCCUGUUAUGCACAAGUCAUGGAAAUGCUGAUUUGUGACUACACAUUUGCUGACAGGGCUACUUUCAUUUCCAUGAGGAAAUCUUUGAAACUAGUUCUUGAUGAAGGGAAAUGGAAGGACUGGUUGCUCUUGCUUUCCAUGACUUAAUUUGUUUUGUGUACAAAGUUGGUCAGUAAUGCUUUGUCGUAGGUUUAUUUAAGUGUUUACUUGUAUUUGAAGUAUUGUAUUGUUUACUUGUAUUUGAUUGCUUUCUCUAAUGGCUUGCUCUCAGGGGACAUCUGUGCUGUAGAUACAGGAGAGAUUUCUUACAGUAGUAUAGUAUAGGAAAUCUCAGAUCAAACACAAUCUUCUGAAGAGAGUUUUGUUAGCUCUGAGCAAGGAGGAGAAAACUGCUAAUGGAUUUCAGAGUAAUUAAAUGGUACCUAUAGGGAGAGACUUACGUUUUGCACUCUCAUACACAUUUUUACAUUUUUUUUUUAUUGAGUAAUGACAGGAUCACCCUCAACAGAUGGUAGUUUACCUACAAAAUGACAUUCAGAAUGGUCUUUUAAAGUGAUCUGAAAAUCUGUUACCUAAAGCCUGAUAUUAUACAUGACAACAGAAGAUUGUCUUUCUCCACUAUGUGACUUAGGGAAGAAGAAUCUGCAUCUGACUUAAAUAUUUGUUGUACCAGUGAAUGGUAAUUGCUUAUGAAUGGGAGUGCAAAGUUUCAUCAGUUCCCUCUGGUAUAUGCUGCAUUAAUUUAUUUUUAAGUAAGCUAGUACUGGUCUUCCAGUGAUCACAACUAUUACUGUUGCCACUAGGAAGGAGCAAAUAAAAAUGAAGAAAGGUGUCUAAGACACAAAAUUUCCAGAAUUCUAUACAGUGUGUGUGGGAAGGAGAAAUGUUGAGAAAAGACAACCAAAACACAAACAGUAUUGAUGGCAUAUGUGCAUGUAAGAGGAUAAAUACUUGGCUUUUGUAAAUUGAACAACUUCUCCUUUUCCCACCACAUACAUCUGUCUUGUUGUACAGAAUACAGAGCCUUAACUCUGAUUGCUGCUCUUCGUUAAUAUAACUAUGGAAUGGAGAAGUUGUGGAAAGACUGUAUAGUUUUUUCUAAAGCAGAACAUCUACCUCUCUGCAUUGAGCCACUGUACUUAAUUUGGUUUGGGUAUGUGUAUGUCUCCAAACACAAGAAGAAUCAUCAUCAGGUUAGUUGUCAGAACUUCUGGUCAUGUGAAGAGUUUUGAAGUCUGGAUGUUUGUGCUUUUAGAUAGAGCUUGAUACAGGUAAUAUACAUUACACUUCACAUUAUAUUUACAAGUGAAGAUAUGUCUUUAGGUGUGCCAGACUUAAAUCAAAUAGGCCCUCAAAUCUGUGAGCCUGCUUUUGACUUGCUGCUUUUUUUAAACUUUAAUGUCUUUUGCACAUAGGUUCUUAACCUCUGAUAACCAUUGGUAGUGUAUAAGAGAUGAGGCUUUCAGGGGACUCGGCUGAGGAAGGUAUCUGUUCUGUUUCUCUGUCAUGCUUUCUACUAUUCAUUGUGAAGUCAUGAAAAAUAAUAAGACUGAUUAGAAGAACUAAUUUAAGUGGAAAAACUAUUUCCUUUGCAGUAACCUUCAGUUACAGUUAGAGAACAAGAUAAUAAUGGCAGUUGGUUGCUCAGGCUCAUUUCAUUCUCUAAAGAUUUGUGUGGUUACAUUUCUGACGGUUUAUCAGGAACGCUGCAGCCAGAGGCUGGGUCAUGGCUGUGCUACCCUUCCUGCAUUUCUAAAUUGGCAGGAAAUUUAUAGAACUCCAUGUAGAAAAGGCCCCUUUAAAAGCUUCCAUUAUGAAAAGUUUAGAAGUGGCCUGUGUUCAGCACAUUUUGGUAACAUGAUGGUUUAGCUAGAAGAAACACCUUAAAGCAAAAAACAUUUCACAAAGGAGAAUUUUAUUAGUUUUUCAGGAAGAAAUGGCUAACAUUUAUUUGUAAUGUUUAUCUGUAAAUUUGGGUACAGUACCAACUUUGGAGAAGAAAUAAGAAUUAUAUUCUGUAUUCUAAUUGAAAGUACCAGUGAAGUCUUAAUUACAAUGCAGUGGCAUUCAGGGUUUAUAUUAAGUAACUACAUAAAGUUAAUAAGUUAGUGCACCAGUAUUCAGAGUUAUUGUAGGCUUUAAACUACAAAGAAAAAUGUUUAAAUAGGGGUGAAAGGGGAAAGAAACUAUUUAGACUGGUAUUUGAGUAGGACAACAUUUAAAUAAAGUUGCAUUUUCUACUAAUCAGUGUUCUUUUCUUUCUUUUACUUUUCAAGUUUAUAAAAGCCUUUCUCUGUGGAGAGUCCUUUUAGAGUUUGCUGUAUUUUCAUGUGUUGUAUUUAGUUUUUUAUACUUUUUCUAUAAAAAGUAUAGCACUGUAAUUGCACUUACACCAAACUAAUCUGAAUUUUGGUGCACCUUUUCAGGUUACAGCUUACUUCAACCAUGGAAACUAUAAUUUUUAAGGUGUUGGGUUUUUUUUUUCCUUUGGUUUGUUUUUCCCUGUGCUUGGAAAAGAAGUAAAGCAAAUAAUCCUGACUAGUAAUUUGUAUCAAAUUGCCUUCAGUUAUCUAUUGUUUGUAAAUUUAUGUGUCUCUCUAUGGUGUCCUUUAAGGCAACUUGAAACUUAGUGGAAAUGGUCUUAAUACCACGGCUGCUGUGAAGUUUUUCCAUCCACCCAUGACUGCUUCUCCUUAUUUAAAGACGUCAGAUCCCUGCAUGCCUUCUCCUCCUAGCCCCCCCUCUUCUGCUGAGCAAUACAGCUUGUUUGUUUCCUUGCAGUGAUCUGGAUCAGUGAUUCUUGGUUUGUUUGCCAGCUUUAUUUUCAAGCUGUAUAAUUUCCCUGAUAAGGUUUGCUUUAUGGUUGCAUAAACAAAUUUUUGCAGAACUGAACAGGCAGAAAUGUUUGGAAGGGUAUAAGCCCAAAUUCUCAGGCUUUUCUCACUGACAGUAUAGACCUGCCUUUGUUAAAAGUUCAGGAUUUUAAGAAUGAUGUGAAACUAUUUGAAUGCAUCCAGAAGAGGACAACAAGGUUGAUGAGAGUGCUGGAAGACAUGUCCUGUGAGGAGCGACUAAGGACUUUGGGCUUGUCUAGUUUGGAGAAAAGGAGACUGAGGGGUGACAUCAUUGCUCUCUAUAGCUUCCUGAUCAGGGGAAAUUGGGAGUGUGAUGCCCAUCUCCUUUCCCUGGGAGGGAGAAAGGAAUAAUGGCUUUGAUGUCCUCUAUCACAAUAUGAAACAUGGACAUUUGUCAACAAAGGAUUUAGCAGAUUUUAUUAGAGAAAGGGCUACAAUAGAGGAGACAUAUUCAAGGUCAAUGACAAAACUAGCCAAAUCAGCAAGCAAUUACACACAACUUGGGACAUUUGCACCAGUUUGGGAUGUUUUCAAAAUCUCAACAGAAAAACUAGCAAGUUGUCACUUGGAUCUUGUGCGGAGAUUACAAGAGCUAAUAAAAGAAGUUCACAAAUAUGGAGAUGAACAGAUCAAAGCUUACAAAAAGACAAAAGAAGAUGUUUCAGGAACUUUGGAAGCAGUGCAAAAUAUUCAAAGUAUCACUCAGGCCUUGCAGAAAUCAAAAGAAAACUACAAUGCUAAGUGUGUGGAACAAGAACGCUUGAAAAAGGAAGGAGCAACACAGAGAGAAAUUGAAAAGGCAGCAGUUAAAUCUAAAAAAGCAACAGAUACCUAUAAACUCUAUGUGGAGAAGUAUGCUGCAUUAAAAUCUGAUUUUGAACUGAAAAUGACAGAAACAGCACAGAAAUUUCAAGACAUCGAAGAAAUGCACCUUCUUCGAAUGAAAGAGAUUAUACAGUCAUUGUCAAAUACCAUAAAAGAAAUUCAUUUACAAAUAGGAGAGGUGCAUGAGGAGUUUAUUAAUAACAUGACAAAUACUACAGUUGAGAGUUUAAUACAGAAAUUUGCUGAGUCAAAAGGAACUGGCAAGGAAAGACCUGGCCCAAUUGAGUUUGAAGAGUGUAACACGUCCAGUGUAGCCGAAGGAGUAAAACCACGGAAAAGGAAGCCUUUUGGUUUAUCAGGAAUAAUGAAAAAAGAAAAAGAUACUGAAUCUGUGGAGUGUCCAGAUGCAGACUCAGUUAACUUUCCUGAUGUAGAUGAUGAAGGAUACAGCAUUAAACCAGAAGCAACACAAGAUACCAAAGAGAACCAUUUCUAUUCAUCCAGUGAGUCUGACUCUGAAGAUGAUGAACCCAGGAGGUUCCAUGUGGAAAUAAAACCAGUCCAGCCAAAUAACAGCUCUCAAUACACUAUGCCUUCUUUGGAUGAAUUAAAAGUAUCCAUAGGGAACAUCACUCUUUCUCCAGCUAUAUCUCAGAGGCACAGUCCUGCACAAAUGAAUCAAAAUUCCUCCAGUGAAGAGUCAACAAAAUCAAAACUAUCUGCUCCAGCUACUGAAAAGGGGAACAGUGACUUCCUGGCAUGGGAUCCACUCUUCAGCACUUCUCUUGAAUCUUCAUCUUCAGCUUCUUUGGCAUCCUCAUCUUCCUCAGCUACCCUAACAGAGCACAAUAGGAGCUCCUCAUCAUCUACCACUGAUUUGCCUGGGUGUAGAAUAUCUCAGUCUUUGCUUGGACACCAGACAGAUUCUGGGUCUACAAGCCCAUCCUCACCAGGCUUUACCAUUAGCACUUUGUGCAAAUCUGGUGUUACAGCAGCGCCAUCAGGGAGUACCAGUACUUUAUCCUGUUUUUCACGGUCUCAGAGUCAGUGGAUUUCCUUUGCUGAUGAACUUCUUACAAUUAGACACACAAGCACAGACAAGAAGGAGCCCCAAAGAUUGCAUUUUAAAACUGAAAAUGCCUGCCUUGCCUCUUCUGCUUUGCUUGGGAAUUCUUCCAACAGCUGUGCUUCUGAGGAUCAAAGUGACCUUUUCAAUAACUCUAUAUGCCAUGAACAAUUAUUCAUUGAAGAAACUGGCACUGCUACUGAAAUAUCUUCUGCAUCAUCUUCAGCACUACUGGACUAUAGUUUAGUGUCUUCUUGUGCUCAUACAAAUAAGGCAAGGCCCACCACUCCGCUUUCUGUGGGCACCAUUGUACCCCCUCCAAGACCUGCUUCAAGACCAAAGCUGUCUACAGGGAAGCUUAGUGGGAUUAAUGAAAUACCUAGGCCAUUCAGCCCUCCACUGACCUCUAACUCAAGUCCACCUCCAGCAGCUCCUUUGGCACGUGCAGAGAGCAUUUCUUCUAUAUCCUCUUCUGCUUCCCUCAGUGCAGCAAACACACCUACAGUUGACGAUGAUCUUUUGAUUCGAAAUCUUCCUACAAUUGAAAAGCUUUGUGAGACACCGCCAGGUGUUUCACGUGGUCCCAGCCCCGUCAGCCUUGGAAACCAGGACACCUUGCCUGUUGCAGUAGCUCUUACUGAAUCUGUUAACGCCUACUUUAAAGGAGCAGAUCCCACAAAAUGCAUUGUGAAGAUUACUGGUGAUAUGACAAUAUCAUUCCCAAGUGGGAUUAUUAAAGUAUUCACCAGCAACCCAUCUCCUGCUGUGCUCUGCUUCAGGGUGAAAAACACAAGCAAACUAGAGCAGAUUCUUCCAAAUGCACAACUUGUAUACAGUGAUCAGUCACAAAGUGACUCCAGUACUAAGGACUUUUGGAUGAACAUGCAAGCUAUAACUGUCUACCUCAAGAAAUUAUCAGAGCAGAAUCCAUCUGCAUCCUAUUAUAACGUGGAUGUUUUAAAGUAUCAGGUAUCUUCAAAUGGCAUACAGUCCACUCCCUUAAAUCUUGCAACUUACUGGAAAUGUGAUGCUAGCACUACUGAUGUGAGAGUGGAUUAUAAAUACAAUCCAGAGUCUAUGAAUGUGCCUAGUAUGCUGUCUAAUGUCCAGGUUGUGGUACCAGUAGAUGGAGGAGUAAUAAACAUGCAAUCACUUCCACCUGCAAAAUGGAAUGCAGACCAGAUGAAAGCAUGUUGGAAAAUAUCUAGUAUUUCAGAGAAGUCUGAGAAUGGAGGUUCUGGAUCCCUUAGGGCAAAAUUUGAGCUUUCAGGAGGACCCAGUAAACCAGCAACACUUGCAGUGCAAUUCAUCAGUGAAGGAAGCACCCUUUCAGGAGCAGAUGUGGAACUCGUAGGCACUGGCUAUCGGCUUUCCCUUCUUAAGAAGAGAUUUGCCACUGGACGAUAUAUGGCAGACUGUUGAUGUACCUGUGAAAGUCAUUGGAUCAGGAGUGCAAGAAACACUUGUGACAAUAGGAACUCUGCCCUCUCUAUUUUUCAAACACUAUUUUAACAUGCAUUAAUUUUUAAAAAUAUUUACUUACUUUGAGGCUAAACUACAGAAAGUAAAUGCACUUUUAAGAGUCAUUUUGAAAACUUUAUUACUUUACAAUAGCACUGAAGUUAACUUCAACACUGUCUGUAAAUGAUCAACUGCAAUACUUGGGAAAAUUUGUUGAAAAAUUAGUAACUUUAUAUAGAGGAAGUCAAAAUAGUAAUCCACAGUUGAAAUGGAAGUAUGAAAUUUUAUGUUGUACUGUAAACAUUAAAAUGUAGGAGAUCUAGUAAGAAAUAUUUGAGCUUUUCAUAAGUAAUACUCAUUUUUCAGAUUCUUUAAUUGCCAGCUUUUAAUUGACAGUUUAUAAAGAUAGCAGAGGCUGUGUCUUGUGUAGCUCUUCUUUUCAUUCAUACCACAAGACCAGCUGAGUUAGAGAUGUAUAAAAGUAAUUUGAUGCCCAUGUAUCAUAUAUUAUUAAAAUGUAAGUUGUUUCAUAUAGGGUUUUGUUUAACUAAGUGCAAUGCAUUACAAAUUGCAAAACACAGCAGAGAUUUACUUCUGCCGUUAGUAAAAUUUUUUGGGCCUUGUUAUUGUUUGAGUUAAUGCAGUAGAUUUAAUUUAUUUUUAUAUUAAUUGCAUAACUUUUGUGCCUUUUAAAAAUGCCUGUGCCUAUUCAAUUUGAUACUCAUGUGCCUCACUUCCUUUUACAAAGUUUGGCUCUUCAUCAAAAGCAUGGCGUUUGUAUUAUGCACAGAACUUUAUAAAAAUUCUUUUUACUGCAAUUUAUUCAGACAGCAGGUUUGCAAAAACUGUAGUUUGUUUUAAAAGAAAUUUAAAACACUGAAUUAUUUCCUCAAGGAAUAAUUGCAAUUACAUGUGGUUUUAGUAAAGGGAGCUGCAUCAUGCAGUACUCAGAAACUUUUUUAUUAACUAAUUUUAAUGUCACCAAAGAGGAGAAUCUGAAAAAUCAGUGACAAUAGAAAAACAAACUUCUAAAAGCAAACAGCAUUACUCUUUGCUUUAGCUAUAAGUCUUCAACUUUGAGUGGAUUUGGGGAUGUGUGAUGUGAAUGUACACAUAGUACUUCAGGAGGCAUUGUAAAGGAUAUUUUAUAGCUGCAGGAUGAUAAAUCCUGUCAUGUUCAUUUUUUUAUAGCUAUCAGUUUUAAUAUUUGUAUUGUAAUCUAAUAUGCUUGCUACAGCCUAAGGAAUUGCUACAGGGAAUUGACACGAGUAACAAUUUUUUAAGCAAGUCACUAAUUUAGAAAAUUUUCUAUGUAUUUGUAUUACCAAGCUUUUUUUGUAAUGUUGAAAUCAUAAGCAUUGGGGCAAAAUAAUUCAAUAACCUGCAUGUGGCAAUUUCAAAUGAACAUUUAGCAUACCAGUAUCUAUUUCAAAUUCUCUAUUAAAACAGUGAAACAUGCUUGAGUUAAUUCAUGCAAAACCAGUAAUGAAUUGGACUGCUGAAGCUUUACAAGAAAUUAUGCCUUUGUAGAAGCUGUAUAAAUUGUCGUGUACACUAGACACUUUUGCCGGUGAGAGUUUCAUUGUUAGUACUAAGAACGUAGUAUACUGUAGAUUUGAUUGGAAGAUUUGGCUCCUAUAUUUUGCUAAUCUUAUGGAUGAUAAAUUUACAACUCAUAAAAUGGUGGUCUUUUUAUUGGAAUUUUAAUUGUAACCUGCUUUACAAUCAAACUGAUUAACACAACAAUAUUUUAUUAAUGAAAACCCAAAUCUAUUGUUGCUAUUUUUAAUCAAGUAUUACAUUAAUUUCUACAAUAAAUGAAGUAGUUAAUGUUUCAGCACUUUUAAACUAGCCUUCAUUCAGAUGUUUUUUAUACAUUUGCUUUGGGUGCAGGUUACAAUUUUGAAGCCAUACAAGUUUAUAUAGACAUUUUGUAAAGAAACUCAAAAACAAUGUAAAAAGUAUGUGUAGCUAUCUGAUUUAAAAUAAAAAAAACUUACAUAGCAAGCUGGUUCUUGCUUGUGUACACAGCAAUGUCCCUUGUAGCUGCCUCCUAAGAAAAUUAAUUUUUAAACACAACUCUAAAGGAUCUGAAUUUUUAUGAAUUGUUACUACGUUAGACUGUAAAUUAGAACAUACAAGUUUAUCUUUCAAAAAUUGUAAAUACUCUGAAUUUUCAUAAAAUGUAAAUUUUAAAAAUUUGCACCCAUAAUAAACAUGUAAUAUAUAAUUUAAAUACUGAUUUAUAUUGCCUAUACUUUUGCAAUUAAGUUCUUCUAAGCAAUAAGAUAAUAGAUAAAAAGCAUGCCUGCACUGAACAUUUGAAAAGAUUGAUUUUUAAGUAAUAAAGGGUAGAGCUCAUUAUGAA